AUGAUCGCACGCACCACUGCCUGGCAAGCAAGCACUGAUGGCCGAACAACUUUACUCGAUGCAUUGCAGCGUCUAUUCAAGGCGUAUGAUGUCAGCGAGUCAGGGAAAGUUUCUUGUUCCGACUAUGUCAAGCUGGAAAUACGGAAUGGUUUGGAUCAAGGUGAUCCCCGCAGGAUUCUGCAAGCUUUUCCAAAGAUGUUGAGGGCAGAUUCCUCUGGAUCCGGCAUGUUGAAUUUUUUGGAGUUCUGUGCGACACGGUUGACAUCGAGUGACGGAGCAUCACGCAAGAUUCCUUCGAUUCCGGAGCUGCUCGGUGCCGCCAAGCGCGAUUUGGCGAGCACCCUGUCCGAGAGGUGGCGAAUGGGAGCAUACUAUUGCGUGGAAAUCCGUCACGAGCUUCGAGAGGUGUUUGCCAGUUGGAAAGCGGACAGUGCCGUGUGCCUGUCUCCCUGCGACUGGGUUCUUGCAGCAAGACUUGUCGAAGCGGAAUGCGACAACAUCCUGAGCGCGAAGUGGACGGGCGAGGCAUCGUUUGCGGAGGCAGAUCGGGAUCGUGAUGGGCUGUUGGAUUUGGAGGAGUUCACUUGGUUUAGCUGCAAUGUAUUGGAAGAUUUCUUCGAACAAGAUCUCUCUGCUGCACUUCAGAUGUUGCGGAAAGUGAGGUCACAUCCUGACACCCGCACCCCGACUUUGAGUGUGAAGAUUGCAGUUUACAUACCACAAGCUUUCGGAGCCUUCCAGUUGCCGACGCAAGCCCAGCACCUCGAGUCUGCCUAUCGACAUGCUCUAGAUUUGGAGCUACCAAGUUCCAUUACACGGCUGUCAGAUUUCCUGACAGUCCUGCGCCUGAAACUUGGUUUGAUCCGGAUGUGGUUUGCAGUUUUCUGGCAGUCAGCUGGUCGCGGCAUGGAGAAGAGACUGGAUCUUCUGUCACCAGAAAACGGCACAAAGCUUCUCCAUGACUUGUUCGAUGCUGCGGCGAAAAAAACGGGCUUCUCAGCGCCUGCGAUCUACGUGUCGAAUGUCAGACCCAGAGCUUUUCAGCUUCAGGACGUGCCUUGUCAGGAACUGGAGCUGAACAGUCUCCGAAUUCAGACUGGUACUCGUUGGUGUUUGGAUUGGGAGCUGCAACUACUGGGAUCGAGUCGCAGUCGCUUCAUUAAGUGUCCCAGAGACUUGCACAUCGCCCUUGGCGACAGCCUGGUCAUCAGCCUUCCUGCAGAAGCACUUGGAAUUUCGUUCAAGAUCUACACGGGCGAUGGUGGCGCGGUCUCCAAGCCAAACCUUGAGCAGGUGCAAGUGCAGAAGGGCAGGAGAGGCAAGAAGGUGAUCCAGGCAUUGGCCGGUGCUGUUCCAGAAGCAGGUACAGGUGGCAAUGAGCUUGUUCCACAGCCUCCGACCGCACCCAAGCCGACGAAAAAGCGGCCACAAAGUGGAGUCUCACAACGUGUUGCUCGACUUCCCGUUGACAGACGACUUGUGUUCGUUGCACAAAGAGAAGGUACUUGCACAUUAUUUGUGGAGCUCAGCUGGGAGCAUCAGGAAGAGCUCUUGGCACAGGGAAUGUUCCCCACACCUGCCGUGGAGGCCUCGGUUGGGAGGAUCGGACCUUUGCAGAUCACCGUGCAGAAGAACGCUCCACCAUUGCCCGAGAUGCAGAAGUCGAAAGGUGUGCUCUGGUGGACUGGAAGCAAGUGGGCAGCCAAACAGAUGAAGUCCAAGCCUCAGCCGGAGUCUCGGGCCAAGACGCCUGGUGAUUCGCCAAGUCCAUCGAGCUGGGCCCGGGCGCCGCCGAAGAGGUCUUGA